GUUUGCCGCUGACCGGCCGCGGGCUCUGCUUACCCCUCCCACUUUUCCCGGGUCGCUGACCGAGCGGGUGGCCUGCUCGAAAUAAGGGCCUAGAUGGCCGGAGAGCAAGGAGGAAGCUCGGGCUCGUCUCCCGCCGCGACGCCAAUAGCCGGUUCCGGGUUGGCGGGAGAAGAGGACGGCGGCUAUGACAGCAAGUGCAUUUUCUGCCGAAUCACUCACGGGGAGGAGACGGGCACCGAGCUGCUGCCUUGCGAGUAUGAAGAUUUGGUAUGCUUCCGAGAUAUCAGACCAGGAGCGCCUCAUCAUUAUUUAGUGGUACCAAAGAACCACAUUGGAAAUUGCAAGACUCUUAAGAGUGAGCAUAUACCAUUAUUGGAAAGAAUGAUAGCAGUUGGAAAAGCUAUCCUUCAGUGGAGUAAAUGUGCUGACUUGAACGAUAUAAGGAUGGGCUUUCACUGGCCUCCCUUCUGCUCCAUAGCUCACUUGCACCUUCAUGUCUUGGCUCCAGCUAGUCAGCUGGGAUUCUUAUCCCGGAUGAUAUACCGAAUCAAUUCCUAUUGGUUAUCACAGCUGAGCAGCUGAUGGAACGGCUGAAAGCUGAAAGCACUACAAGUUGAGGGAAACCUGCCUCUGAACUGUACCAUCUUUCUGACCUUUGAAUACCGAUUAAAGGAUUGGAUGUAGUUGAUAACAGGCUAGACUUUUUUAAAACAACUACUGAAUUUGCUGCUAUAUAGUGUUUGAACUAGUUUGUUAGUAAACACUCUACAUUAAAUUUCUCAGGCAAAUAUCUGAAUGCAAGAACGUAUAAGAUCACAAAUACCUAUCUGUUCAAAUGCAAAGAAUCCUUGAAACAUGAGAUGCCAUUAAAAUUUAAUAACUG